AUGGCAGUCUUGUCAAACCGGUGUUGUAGCCUGCGGGAGUGACACCGCUGCGACUGCCAGUCGAGACCCACCUUGUGUGUCGCCGCAUGUGCCGGAGCGCUCGGGAAGUGUUCGGACCUGAAGAGUUCGCAGGAGCAACUUUUGGAUGAAACGGCGCAUCAAGUGAACAGGAGGAAACACGUCCAUGCGUAAAGUAGAGAGAGACUACAGUUCAGUAGGGAUGGAAACGAAUGGGAUCGAGCUGAAAUGCAACAGCAUGGAGGGCGAUUCGGACCUCCAGUUCCUCCUGCAAGGGGGAGACCUCCUCAAGGUCCUGUCACCGUCCUGGAAGAAGACCCGCUACUUCAGACUCAUGGAGGACUGCAAGACCAUGUGGCGUGAAUCCAAGAGAACCUUCAAGGACAGCGCAACCUGUGAGUGCUGCGGUCCCAGCUACCCAGCUGCAUUUUCACUGGAUGACAUCUCGGCGGUGCGAAUGGGCCGUCAGUCCGAGGGCCUGAAGAAGAACACGAAGGACCAGGUGGAGGGCCGCUGCUUCUCCAUCAUGUUCAAGGGCCGCCGCAAGAACCUGGACCUCAUCGCCAGCUCGGAUGAAGAGGCCAAGCAGUGGUUCACCAGCCUGCAGAAAGUGCUCUCCAACAGGAACCACCUCAACGUCCAGCAGAAGACGGAGCAUUGGAUCUUCAGCUGCCUGAGGAAAGCCGACAAGAACAAAGACAACAAGAUGACUCAGUCGGAGCUCAAGAACUUCCUGCGUCUGAUCAACAUCAAGGUGGACGACGACCACGCCGAGAUGCUCUUCAAGAAGUGCGACAAAUCCAAAUCUGGAUACCUGGCCGGGGAGGAGAUAGAACGCUUCUACGACCUGUUGACCCACCGGGAGGAGAUCGACGUCAUCUACGGGACGUACGCCAAAACGACGGGCUUCAUGAGCCCUCAGGACCUGGUGGCCUUCCUGAUGACGGAGCAGAGAGAGAAGGCCACGCUGGCCGACGCGCAGAACAUCAUCCAGAAGCACGAGCCGGACGACAACGCCAAGGAGAAGAAGCUGCUGUCCAAAGACGGCUUCCUCAUGUACAUGCACCAUCCGGAGGCCGUGGUCCUCAACCCGGACCACCGAGAGGUGUACCAGGACAUGAGCCGGCCCCUCAACCACUACUUCAUCUCCUCCUCGCACAACACCUACCUCAUGAAGGACCAGCUCAGAGGGCCCAGCAGCACGGAGGCCUACGUCAGGGCUCUGCUGAAGGGCUGCCGCUGCGUGGAGCUGGACGUCUGGGACGGAUCAGACGACGAGCCGGAGAUCUACCACGGCUACACACUGACCUCUAAGAUCCUCUUCCGGGACGCCAUCGAAUCCAUCAAGGAGUACGCCUUUAAGACGUCCGAUUACCCGGUCAUCCUCUCCCUGGAGAACCACUGCAGCGUGGAGCAGCAGGAGGUCAUGGCCCGCCACUUGAGCUCCAUCCUGGGCAGCGCCCUCGUCACCUCCCCCCUGGGGGAGGGAAUGCCCACCGACUUUCCAUCUCCCGAGGAGCUGAAGGGGAAGUUCCUGAUCAAAGGGAAGAGAUUAAACAAGCUGGAGGCCAGCUAUGCUCCCGAGGCGGCUGAGUCGGACGACACGGACGUGACGGAGGAGGACGACGAGUCCAACAAUGAAGACGAGGACGAGCAGAAGGAGGAAGAGAAGAGAAAGGUGAGAAAGAAGCUGAAGCUGGCGAAGCAGCUGUCUGACAUGGUGGUCUACUGCAAGAGCGUCCACUUCCACGGCUUUGAGGACGCCAGGAGAAACCUGAGCUUCUACGAGAUGUCGUCCUUCAAGGAGAAGAAGGCCAUGGGGUUGGCGGAGGAGUCGGCCAACGCCUACGUCCACCACAACAUGGACAAGCUGAGCCGCAUCUACCCAUCGGGCUCCAGGACCGACUCCUCCAACUACAACCCGGUGCCUCUGUGGAACGCCGGAUGCCAAAUAGUGGCCUUAAACUUCCAGACGACCUGCACCGACAUGGACGUCAACCAGGGCAGAUUCCUGGUGAACGGAAAGAGCGGCUACAUCCUGAAGCCGGCCUUCAUGAGGGACGCGGCCACGGAGUUCGACCCCAUCACCCUGACCCGAGGGGUGUGGCUGAAGCACAAGACGCUCCAUGUCUUGGUUAUAUCCGCCCAGCAGCUCCCCAAAGUGAACAACAAGAAGUUCUCCAUCGUGGACCCGUUGGUGAGGGUGGAGGUGUACGGAGUGCCAGCCGAUGUCGCCGAGAGACAGACCGCCGCGGUCGGAAACAACGGUUUCAACCCGGCGUGGAACGAAAGCUUCCAGUUCGACGUGUACACGCCGGAGCUCGCGCUGGUACGCUUCACCAUCGAAGACCACGACUUCACGUCCGGUAACGAGUUCAUUGCGCAGUACACUCUUCCAUUCAACAGCCUAAACAUGGGAUACAGACACGUGCCUCUGCUCAACAAGAACGGGGACGUCCUCCCCUCCGCCGGACUCUUUGUGCACAUCAUGGUCGUCGACGGCGAGUGAGACGUCGCCGAAGGACUUCCGAAACACAGCCGCCAUUCUCUGGUGUCAAUUGUGUUUUUUUUUCCUCUUCUUCUUCUCUAUUGUUUUAAGUUCAUGAUUAACUUAUUAGAUUUAUUCCAGUAGCUUGAGCUGCUACUCGCAUAUGCGUGCAGAUGCUGUACACACAGAACCACACACACACACGCGCAUACACACAUACUCACAUACUCAAGCACACGCACACAGACCAUGGUUUACCAGGCUUUAUAAUGCUCCGUAUGAGUCACACUACGCCUUCAAUGACCCAGCGGCAGUUAAUGCGUCAUCUACUUUUUAUUUUUUUAAUGACUAUUUUAGGAACACUGGUGGAAACCGAAGCCAACAUGGAAACGAUGCGCUUUGUAUUAAUCAGUAAUUUUAGUCAACUUUUACUUCUUUUUUGUAAAUCAAGAUGAAGAUAAAAAGUUUUUAAACAUGAA